AUGUGCGCUCAGGUCAACUGCCCACACUGUGGCGGUGAGUUCUGCUGGCGCUGCCUGAACACGUGGACCAAGGGGUCGUGUGGCUACUUCAGUUGUGCAAUAAAUGGCGACAACGAGAUGGAUAUCGAUGACGCCGUUUCUUUGGCAACCGCGACAACCAAGUCCGAAGAUAAACCAAGUUUGCGUGUGGUGACGUCUUCGACUGACGCAGUAAAACUCGGCGUCAACGACUCACCGAUACUGGCGAAAGCCGAACUAGGUGUUCCAGAUAUCGCUACUAUAAGAUUUGGCUCUCGGGGUCAUCAAACGGGGGAUGGACGCUGA